CUUAUAAGCCGUUAGGUUCUACAUAAGUAAUAGACAUGUGGAGUAAUCAAUUCCACUUGUUAGGUUAGAUUUCAUGUAUGCCUUUCCUUUUUCAAAGAGAACCUUAGAUUUGAUGCUUAAUUAAUUCGUUAUUUUAAAUAGAAACGUAUUAUAUGUAUCUUUUGUUCUAGAGAAUAUCACAAAAGCUGAAGUUGCAAGAUUUAACUAAUUUAAUUGCUGAUAUUUUGGUUUAGAUUUUUAUGUGGAUAAGUGAUGAGAGAGGAUAUGGUUUUACUAAUAUUAGCCCUAUUCCCUUCUAUCUAAACGUCAAAUUCUACAUUCGAUCUCUUCUUCUUUUAGUAGUUAAUUAUUCCUAAUUCCUAUCAAUAAUUCAAAGUUGCUUCCUUCCGUAGGGAUUAAAAAGACUUAGGCAUAUAUAAAUAUAUACCAAACAAUCCUAUAAAUUACACACACAAAACUCUCACCACCAUCCAACUAUCAAAGUCACCACAAAACACACACAAAAUACACAUCAAGAUUAGGAAAAUGAGUUCCUUAAAACAACUUUCUGUGCAUAGUACCAACUCCAAGGUCAUUACAGAGAAGAGAAGAUCGGUCACAAUCCCUUCGAAUGGGAGCAAUAAGCUAGAGAGCAAGCCAACGAUUCAUGAUGUCGACAAAUGCGCCGAAGCUUUCAUCCAAAACUUCCGCCGUCAGCUUCUUCUUCAGUGUGAUAACAUCCUCCGGCCCUAGAGGAGGUCUUUGAUAUGUAUAUUACUAUUACAUAAAAUAGAUGUAGCAUGUCAGAGAUAACAUGUCUUAUUUGACUUAUCUUUCUAAGCUUAGGCGAUUUCAAAUGUAUUUUAUGACAUUUCUUAUAUAAUCAUAAUUCUACCACAAGCUUUAGAAGGAAACAAAUUUUUGUUUCUCAA